GUGACACCUUUUUCUCCUCUUGCUUAAGAUUUUUCGGUGAAUCCAGGGUUUUCUGCCGCCCCUUUUGUUUUGGUUCGCUGUUCAAAUUUACUUAAGAACAUAGAUUUUUGUUUCUUUUUGGUCUUUUUUGGUCUAUGCUUCUAGAUUCUUCGACUUUGAACAUAUCUGAAUAAUUCUGUUAUACAAUGAUAUUUUAGGGCUUAGAUGUGGUUUUAUCUCGCGAUUCUUUAUAAGUUUGACUGAGAUAUUGAAGAACUUAACCUUGGAUUCUUGCGCAAGAGAAAAUUCAUCUUUUGGGGGCCAUUUCAGAUAUUAUCCUGAUUAUCAGUUCUGACAGGAAGAUACAAGAUAGAUAUUCAUUAUCUGAUAGAUUUCUGUCUGCUGGGCUGAGAUUUGCAAAUAUUUGGUUUAUCGAAAGUGAGCUUUCUUCCAAUAUAUAUUGUUGGGUUAGUUGCAUGUUUCAGUAGUGGAAGUUAGACAAGGGAGUGGAAGGGCAGAAUAGUAAGAUGGGUGACGCCCGGGCUGGUAGAUAUUGGUGCCAUGCCUGUUCAGAGGUAGUCCAUCCAGUGUGGGAAGUGGAGCCUAAGUGUCCCCUUUGUCAUAAUGGAUUUGUGGAAGAAAUGGAUGGAAGAGAGGAAAUAGACACUGAUUCUGAUCUUGAAUCUGAUCACGCCCUCUCUUUAUGGUCUUCAAUCUUGCUUGGAAUGAUGGGAGGCUUUUUGCGGCGUUCAAGAUUGCGAAGAGGGGAGGAAGAUGAUGAAUCAGAUCAUGAGUUUGAAGAUUUCUUGCGGAGGAGGCGACGGAGCUCUGCCAUACUUCAGCUGCUCCAAAGCCUCCAGGAUGAUAUUUGGUCAGAGUCUGACAACCCAGAAAGCGAAAGGGAGAGGGAAAGGGAAAGAGAAAGAGAAAGCGUGAUCCUCAUCAAUCCUUUUCACCAAGCCAUAAUUCUCCAAGGAACAUUGGAUUCUGACCGGAACCAAAGCCGAGACUCGAGCAACACUGGUGUUGGUGCUUCAUCAGGAGACUACUUUGUCGGGCCUGGUUUAGAUCUAUUGUUGCAGCAUUUGGUGGAGAAUGACCCAAACAGAUAUGGCACACCACCAGCUCAGAAAGAGGCAAUUAAUGCUUUGCCAACCGUAAAAAUUGAGGAAAAUAUGAGUUGUUCAGUCUGUUUGGAGGAUGUUGCUAUCGGAACAGAGGUUAAGGAGAUGCCGUGCAAACACAAAUUUCAUAAUGGGUGUAUAUUACCAUGGCUGGAGCUCCAUAGUUCAUGCCCUGUUUGCAGGUUUCAGCUGCCUGCUGAUGAAUCAAAGGUUUCAAAUGGGUCUAGAAAUGGUGAUAGUAGGGUGGAAGGUACUGGUGGGAAUGGUGGUGAUGAGGGUGAUGGAUUCUGGCUUCCUGUCCCUUGGCCUUUUAAUGGGCUGUUUUCGUUGUCAGGUUCUGAGAAUGGUGGCAAUUCUUCCUCAAAUUCACCAUCAUCAACUGCUUCUGGAAGUGACUCGCAUUCUGAGGAGAGCUGAACAUGUGCUCUUAAUGGCUUGAGAGUAGUGGAGGAAAUAUGAACAUAUUCUGCGUUCCGAUCUGGUGUGCUUUUUAUGCUUUGUUAUCAUUGUCAAUAAUCACAUAGUGGAUGAAGUUCAUCCUCGACUACAUCUACAUCUGGAAGUAACUCCUAUGUAGAUGAAAACUAAAGAUGUUUCUUUAGUGGUACGCCUCACUAUGUUUCAUCCUAUCAUUCUGUAUGUAGCCUUUUGUUAACUGAAUUGGGACAAGUUCCUUAUCUUUAGGUUCUUCCUAAGCUUCCUGCCUUUGUGUUUAAGGUAUGAUAUAUAUUGUAAUUGGAAUGUAAUUAUGCUCUGUUGGGUUUUCAAUUUUAAGUAGGUUGAAGAUGUAGAAUAGGAGAGACGAGUUUGGAUUGUCAAGCCGCUGUGAAGGAUUUGGGGUUUUGUUUGAUUUUCUUGUAUGUGCUUCUGAAGCAGGUAUCUCUUAGUUAUGGAAAUUCUAGUUGUAGAGAUUUAUU